AUGGCGCCGAAUUUUAGUAAAAUUACCUCACGGACUGAUGUGAAAAUCGCGUUAGCAGCCUCUGCAGCGCUAAGUGCCUGGGUAAUCAGGAAUUCUUUGAAGUCAAGUAAACAUAAAAAUGACAAAUCAAGCCGCCUCUCACCGGAGGAACAGAUACAAUAUAUGAUAAAAGAGAAAAAUAAAAAGAGUCCAAAGGCCCAAGUUGAUGCACGGUUCUUGGCUGAACUGAGUGCACUAUGGAAGAUCAUGAUGCCAUCUUUAUGGUGCAAGGAGAGCGGGUUCAUGGUACUGGUCGCUCUUUCUCUGAUAUCAAGGUCUAUGUGUGACCUAUGGCUUAUACAGCACACUACACUUGUUGAGGGAUCCAUCAUCACAAUGAAUCAUAAGGAGUUUAGAAGGUUAUUAACACAAUUCUUCAUUGCCAUGCCUGUCAUAUCGUUAGUAAACAAUGCACUGAAAUGGAGUAUAGGAGAACUGAAGUUACGUCUUAGGACCAAUUUGACCCUGUUUUUGUACCAACAGUACUUGAAGGGCUUCACCUACUACCAAGUAUCAAACCUGGACAAUAGGAUAUCGAAUGCUGACCAGCUGCUGACGACAGACAUUGAGAAGUUCUGCGAUACAGUUGUAGACCUGUACAGUAAUAUCAGCAAACCGAUGCUGGAUAUCGGUAUUUACUUGUACAGGUUGACUGUUAACUUGGGAGCUUCGACCCCUGGUAUCAUGAUGGCUUACCUACUCUUGUCUGGAGUGUUCCUUACAUACCUCAGAAGACCUACAGCUAAGAUGACGGUUCAUGAGCAGAAAUUGGAAGGAGAAUUCAGAUACGUGAACUCUAGGCUGAUCACAUAUUCGGAAGAGGUCGCCUUCUACCAAGGCAACCACCGGGAGCAACUGACGCUGCUCGCCAGCUUCUACAAGCUGACCAGGCAUCUGCGCAACUUCCUCAACUUCAGAGUCGGCAUGGGAUUCAUUGACAACAUCAUUGCUAAAUAUGUGGCUAUUACCGUCGGUUUCUACGCUGUGUCUCGUCCAUUCUUCGCCGUCGACCACAAUUUGCUUACUACGGGCACUGAGAAUGAUAGAUUCAAGCACUACUACACAUACGGCCGUAUGUUAGUGAAAAUGGCGGAAGGUAUCGGCCGGCUCGUACUGUCAGGCCGCGAGCUCAGCAAACUAGCGGGGCUGACGUCACGCGUCACCCAACUACGCACCGUACUGGAUGAUGUUAACAAAGGAAACUAUACCAGGACCAUGGUUGAUAGGAACUCGCAGAAUGGAAGCGAAAUCCCAGCUAUACUAGCGCCGGGCGCCGGUCGCAUCAUCUACCAAGACAAAAUCAUACGUUUCGACAAAGUUCCACUCGUCACACCCAACGGUGACGUACUCAUCAAGGAACUCACCUUCGAAGUCCGCUCUGGUAUAAACGUUCUCGUAUGCGGUCCCAAUGGUUGCGGCAAGUCAUCCAUGUUCCGUCAGCUUGGAGAGUUAUGGCCGAUAUUCGGAGGUACCCUAACUAAGCCACCUAAAGGCAAGCUCUUCUACGUACCGCAGAGACCUUACAUGACGCUGGGAACAUUGAGAGAUCAGAUAAUCUACCCACAAACUCGCGAGGAGAUGCAGAGACGAGGUCGUUCAGACGAGCAACUGCAUCGCUUCCUGGAGAUAGUUCAACUGUCGUACCUGACCAACCGCGAGGGAGCACUGGACGCCGUGGAGGACUGGAUGGAUGUACUGUCCGGGGGGGAGAAACAGAGAAUUGCUAUGGCGCGUCUGUUCUACCACGAGCCUCAGUUCGCGAUCCUGGAUGAAUGUACCAGCGCAGUUUCAGUUGAUGUCGAGGGACAAAUGUACCAAUACUGCAGAGAGGUCGGUAUAUCUCUAUUCACGGUAUCUCACCGCAAGUCUCUAUGGAAGCACCACGACCACUACCUGCAGAUGGACGGCAGAGGCGGAUUUGUGUUCGGAGAGAUCGACAACGAGACGCAAGAAUUCGGCUCGUGA